UAUUUUAUGAAAAAAAUUUUUUAUAAAAAGCAUAAUCAUUCCGUAGAAUUUAGUAUAUUUGAAUAUAUGGCGCGCAUUUUUUCUGUCCAUGCAGUAGUGGAUUUUAAUUGCGCAUGUAUAUUGAUUUAUCAAAUUGGCGGGAAAAACCUGAAGAACAUAGUUGUGUGUUGUGUAGUAAAAUGGUGUCAGAAGAAUCGUUAAUUUCGUGCUUUUCUAAUUUAGGAUGUGAUAUUUCCGAUAAAUCUGUGAUCGAUAAAUGUAUUAAGCUUUGUCACGUUUAUAACAUAGAUGAGGAAAAAUUUAUAGAGUUAUGGGUAGCAUAUACAGUUCCACAAUCUUUAAAUAUUAAUCCAACGAUAGACAACCUUAUUAAAUUUGAAAAGGAAGAUUUAGAAAAGAUUAACAAAUGUUCUUUAGAAUUUUCUACCCAAACAAAUAUACAUUUUGAUACACAAUCUAACGAAGAAAUUACUAAUAAUGUCUUGGAUAUAUACAGCAAUGGAGAAUGUGCUACAUUAAAGCAAACUAAAAGAGCGAGGAGUCCAACUACAGAGACAGAAAGUAACAAUAAAUUACGAGCAGUAGAUCAUACGUUUACACCGCCAACUUAUACACCGAAAUCAGAUGUUCCAAUACGUGCACCCAGUACAGCCGUUAGGGGCAAAGUUCUUUUGCUUUUCGGCCCUGCUAUUCACAAUUGGAAAAAAGAAAACGAGCUUGAUAUAUCGAUCGCUAAGGCGGAGAGUCCUCAUGUACCGAAGGAUGCAGUAUAUAUGUAUGAAAUGCUCUCCAAUCAAGGGGCCAUUCUUACCAAGCAUUGUCAAUGCUUUGGUGAGCGACUGUGCUAUAUUUGGAACACGAUGGAACCUCCUAAUUUCAAUAUGCAUUACGUGAGAAACAUAGCGCCUACGAAACCAGUUGCAUUUAGAACAUGGGGCAGAAUACUUGUAACAGUUGAAAAAUCUACUGGCAGGAAAAUUGUUAUGCUGGAGGGCACCAAAAGACUUAAAACUAAAAAAAGUGCUCCCAUUUUAUAUUUGGAUCUUAAAGCAAUUAAACAUUAUUCGGUGUUUUCUGGUCAAAUAGUUGCAGUCGAGGGUAUUAUCGCAACUGAAGAUACUUUAAUAGCGAAAAAAUUGUUCGUUAAGGGAUAUGCACCAAUAUUUGAUGUACCAAAGUUAUCAAAAGAAAUUAAAAUUUACGUUGCGGUUGGUCCUUUUACGACUUCUGAUAAUUUGAAUUAUCAACCGUUAUGGGAUCUUAUGGAACAUGUUGCAGAAAACGAACCUGACAUAUUAAUAUUAGUUGGACCUUUUGUAGAGUAUACACAUUCAGAAAUUAAAAAAUGUAUUUUAAAGGAGACUUUUCAAGAUUUUUUUGAUAACCUUUUGUCGAAGAUUCUAAAAUAUUUGCAAGGGAAAUCUACACGCAUUGUAUUAGUAUCUUCUAACCGUGAUGUACAUCAUCAUCCGAUUUUCCCAACACCAGAAUUUAUUCUAAAUACAAAUAAACUUGGAUCAAAUGCGGCGAAUAUUUACACUAUUCCAGAUCCAUGCACAAUAAACUUAGAUGGUUUACACAUAGGAGUAACAUCGGUCGAUGUAUUUAGACAUCUUAUACAGCAAGAAAUAUCGAAUGCACCUGGAACGGAUAGGCUCGGUCGUUUAGCCGACCAUUUGUUAUCUCAGUCCACAUUCUAUCCUGUAUAUCCUCCUUUUCCCGGUUUGAAUCUUGAUACCAGACUUUGGAAACAAUACGCGUGUUUUGAAAAACAACCGCAUAUAUUGAUUUUACCUUCCGACGUCAAGCAUUAUUGCAAAGUAUUAAAUGACUGUCUCAUUUUAAAUCCCGAACGAUUACACAAAUAUAUUUAUGCUAAAUUAUGUGUACGGCCAGUGAGUGACGGGAAAUGGGAUCCAAACCAAGUAUCUUGUGAAAUUGCAAAAAUCUGAUUGUUCAUAUUUCUGUUCUCUUAUAUUUUCUAUUGCGAUGUAAUAUUCAAUAAUUAAAAUUCAUUGUUUAUUA